AACAACAAUACGGUAAUUAGAAAACAGAAAACCUCUGAAGUUGAAGGAUCCAGUGAGAGAGGAGAAAGAAAGAAACCAUGGAGUGCGUAUUCGGAUUAGUCGGUAAUGGUUUCGCGAUUGUGGUCGCUGAUACAUCUGCUGUGCAUAGUAUUCUCGUUCACAAGUCCAACGAAGACAAGAUCAUGUUCCUCGAUUCACAUAAACUAAUCGCCGCUAGUGGCGAACCCGGUGACAGGGUUCAGUUUACUGAGUACAUUCAAAAAAACGUGGCUUUGUAUCAGUUCCGUAACGGAAUCCCUCUAACCACCGCCGCCGCCGCGAAUUUCACUCGUGGUGAGCUCGCCACCGCCCUCCGCAAGAAUCCCUACUCUGUGAAUAUUCUUCUUGCUGGUUAUGACAAAGAGACAGGGCCAUCACUAUACUAUAUUGACUACAUUGCAACACUUCACAAACUUGAAAAGGGAGCUUUUGGUUAUGGUUCCUAUUUUUCUCUAUCAAUGAUGGACAGACACUUCCAUAGUGGAAUGUCCGUGGAAGAAGCAGUUGAUCUUGUUGAUAAGUGCAUUUUGGAGAUCAGGUCAAGGUUGGUUGUGGCACCACCAAACUUUGUAAUCAAAAUUGUUGACAAGGAAGGUGCGAGAGAAUAUGCAUGGCGCCAAUCAGUCAAGGACACUCCUGCUUCUGCUUGAGUUAACCUUAUGUUCCUUAUCUGGAUUGAACUUCUUUUGUUUUGCCUGUGCUUUAAUAUUUCUACAUAUUUUUCACUUUCUCUUAGUGGUUGACAUAUAUCUGAAAAUCAUGGUCUCUAAAUGGUGGAAAGUAAGACAGUUUGUUGUUUGAAUUGAUAUGUAUGUCUGGUUCUACUCAGAUUUGUAACAAUGCAUGAGAUAAGCUUAGAUUUUAUUAUGUCUCAAGGAGUUAAUUUUGAAAAUUGAAGGGGUUGAGCAGUGCUUGGUGCAAAUGUUUCUAAUUGUGUGGUAAUCUCAUGAAAACAAUAAAAUGUUUUCACUAAGACAAUUGUCUGCUGGAGAAAUUUGAGGGGUCUAGUCCAGGUGCUUGUUUCAAUGGCACACUAUUUUCUAUUAUUUAAUGAACACAUUGAUACUGAAUUGUAGUUU